AAAAUGGAAUAUUUUCUAAAGGUUCACCUCUCUCCUAAUCACAGUCACACAUAGGCCUUAAUGAUGCUCAUAAUCAUUGCUUCUUUCAAUGAUUAAAAUCUCUUUUGAUUCCAAGCUUUACACAUCAUCCAUGAUCACUCACUCACUUCUCCUGUUUAUAAAUCCACGUUCAAGAACUUGCAUAUUCAGAAACCCAAAACUCAAAUACUAAGACAAAGAAAAAGGAAGCAAACAUGGUAAGAAGAAACGCAGUUCAUGCCACUUCAAGUCUUCCGUCUAGGCUUUGGUGGCCGCAGCAACGGAGGAAAGGAAAAAGAGCCGUCGUGCGAUUAGGAAACCGCCGACGAGGGUUCUUGGUGGGACAACCGCGGAUGGUGGUGCAGAGAUGGAGGAUGAACAUCGGAAAACCGAUGAAAAUGAUGAGAAAUAUCAUUUUGGGAAUGAUCUCAAAUGGUGGAAAUGUUAAGUUCUUAGAUGCUUAUCUUUGGUCUUUGCCGAUUUUACGUCCUCAGUUAUUUCCACUAUGCUGAUCAUUUGUUAUGCCAAAUUCUAACUGUAAAACUGUAAUUUUUUUUCUUGUUUUUCUCUUUCACCCCACCUUUUGUAUUAAUCUAAAUAAUUGUCUUUAUAAUAAAGUUUUUUCUUAGCCAAAUAUGUGAAUAU